CUCUCCUCUCCUCUCCUCUCCUCUCCACUCCUCUCCUCUCCUCUCCUCUCCUCUCCUCUCCACUCCACUCCUCUCCUCUCCACUCCACUCCACUCCACUAUGUUAUCCCGCAUCUCUACAGUCCUCCUAGCUGUGUUGUGUUGGUGUGUGCUAGUGUCUCUGGGGGUGGACCCCCCUCACCCCCGUCGAGAGAUCCGGAUCGAGGGAGACCUGGUCUUGGGGGGGCUGUUCCCAGUCCAUGAGAAGGGGGGAGGGAUAGAGGAGUGUGGGAGGGUGAACGAGGACAGAGGGAUCCAGAGGUUGGAGGCCAUGCUGUUUGCUAUAGACAGGAUCAACUCUGAUCCUACUCUACUGCCUGGAGUCAGUCUGGGAGUUCACAUACUGGACACCUGUUCUAGAGAUACAUACGCACUGGAACAGGCGCUGGAGUUUGUGCGUGCAUCUCUGACCAAGGUGGACGAUACAGAGUUUAUCUGUCCUGAUGGAUCCUACGCUCUACAGGAAGACAUUCCCCUGGCCAUUGCUGGAGUUAUAGGAGGAUCCUAUAGCAGUGUGUCUAUACAGGUGGCCAACCUGCUGCGCCUCUUUCAGAUCCCUCAGAUCAGCUAUGCCUCCACUAGCGCCAAGCUCAGUGACAAGACACGCUAUGACUACUUUGCCCGCACGGUGCCCCCUGACUUCUACCAGGCCAAGGCCAUGGCAGAGAUCCUGCGGCUGUUCAACUGGACCUACGUGUCCACGGUGGCAUCAGAGGGAGACUACGGAGAGACGGGCAUUGAGGCCUUUGAACAGGAAGCCCGUAUGAGGAACAUCUGCAUCGCUACCUCUGAGAAGGUGGGCCGCUCUAACGCUAAGAAGUCCUAUGAGGCAGUGAUCAGGCAGCUCCUCCAGAAGCCCAACGCCCGCGUGGCUGUCCUCUUCCUGCGCAGCGAUGACGCUCGGGAACUCCUCUCUGCCGCCGCACGACUCAACACCACCUUCAUCUGGGUGGCCAGUGACGGCUGGGGGGCACAGGAGAGCAUUGUCAAGGGCAAUGAGGCCACAGCCAACGGGGCCAUCACCCUGGAGCUGGCAGCCAAUCCUGUGCCGGCGUUCAACCGCUACUUCCUGUCUCUGGAUCCAAUCAACAACCACCGCAACCCCUGGUACCGAGAAUUCUGGGAGCAGAAGUUCCAGUGCUCGCUUGGAGGAGGGAGUGGAGGAGUAGGAGCUGGGGCAGGAGCAGUAGGGUCAGGAGGAUCUGUGUCUCUCUCUCUCCCUCCCUGUGAGAAGGGUGUGUUGGUGGAUGAUAGUAACUUUGAGCCGGAGUCCAAGAUCAUGUUUGUGGUGAAUGCAGUAUACGCUGUGGCCCACGCCCUCGAUAAGAUGCAGAGAACACUGUGUUCCAACACCAGCAAGCUCUGUGACAGCAUGAAGGCUCUGGAUGGACGCAAGCUCUACAGAGACUACCUUCUCAACAUCAGCUUCACAGCUCCCUUCUCUCCUCCCGGUAUUGAGACCGUGGUGAAGUUUGAUGCCUAUGGCGACGGAAUGGGACGCUACAACAUCUUCAGUUACCAGCACAACGCUGAUCGCUACGGAUAUGUGCCCAUCGGUGAGUGGGCGGAGACUCUGAGCCUGAGCAGUGACCUGAUUCGCUGGCCAAGAGAGGUGGUGCCCCCAUCCCAGUGCAGCGACCCGUGUGCCCGCAACGAGAUGAAGAAGAUGCAGGCUGGAGAGUACUGUUGUUGGAUCUGUACGGCGUGUGAGGCUCAUGAAUACCUAGCUGAUGAGUUCACCUGUUCGCCCUGCGCCCCUGGCCAGUGGCCCAGUGAAGACCUCACUUCCUGUUACGACCUGCCUGAGGACUACAUCAUGUGGGAGGACGCCUGGGCUAUCGGACCAAUCAGCAUCGCUGUUGUUGGGUUCCUGUGUACAUCUCUGGUGUUCUGGGUGUUUGUGAGACACAACAGCACGCCCCUGGUGAAGGCGUCAGGCAGAGAGUUGUGUUACAUUCUCCUGCUGGGUGUCUUCAUGUCCUACUCCCUCACCUUCCUCUUCCUGGCCAAGCCCUCGCCUGCUAUCUGCGCCAUGCGACGCCUCGGCCUCAGCACCUCAUUUGCUGUCUGCUACUCUGCCCUGCUCACCAAGACCAAUCGGAUCGCCCGGAUCUUCAGUGGGGUGAAGGACGGGGGAGGGACCACGAAGCCGCGCUUCAUAAGCCCCACGUCCCAGGUGUUUAUCUGUCUCAGUCUGAUAUCGGUCCAGUUAGUGAUGGUGUCUGUGUGGUUGCUGCUGGAGGUUCCUGGUACCAGGAGGUUUACGUUACCGGAGCGACGGCAGACAGUGAUCCUGAAGUGUAACGUCCGUGACUCCAGCAUGCUGCUGUCGCUAGGAUACGACGUGCUCCUGGUCAUCCUGUGUACUGUGUAUGCCUUCAAGACCAGGAAGUGUCCAGAGAACUUCAACGAGGCUAAGUUCAUAGGUUUCACCAUGUACACAACCUGUAUCAUCUGGCUAGCCUUCCUGCCCAUAUUCUACGUCACAUCCAGUGACUACAGGGUCCAGACCACCACCAUGUGUAUCUCUGUCAGUCUCAGUGGCUUUGUGGUGCUGGGCUGUAUGUUCGCUCCCAAGGUCCACAUCAUCAUGUUCCAACCACAGAAGAACGUCACCAGUCUCCGCCUCAAUAUCAACCGCUUCAGUGUCAGUGGUCCUGCCACCACAUACGCUUCACACGCAUCAGUGAGUGCCCAGUACGUACCGACAGUGUGUAAUGGGAGAGAGAUCGUCGACUCCACCACUUCCUCUCUGUGACCACACCCACUCACCUCUCUAACCCUGCCCCCCAGAGACUGUUAGCCAAUGCCCCCCUGCCCCCUCCUCCCACGACGUGGACUAGCACAGUUCUGUUUCACGUCUGUAGAAAGGGUUUAAUACUACUUUGUUUUCUAGUGCUGUACAUAUAAUGGAAUCAAAAUUGUUGUAGAGGAACAAAAGAACCAAAACAACUUUGUAGGAGGAUUUUUUGAGCCUUUGUUUUGAAAAGCUUUGUUAAGACGUGUGUACAUAUAUAACUGUGCACUGGGUUGUGAUAGGAGUGUGUAUGUGUUAAGGUUGUGAUAGGAGUGUGUGUGUGCUAAGAUUGUGUUAGGAGUGUAUGUAUGUGUGUGUUAGGGUUGUGAUAGGAGUGUGUGUGUGUGUGUGUGUGUGUGUGUGUGUGUGUGUGUGUGUGUGUGUGUGUGUGUGUGUGUGUGUGUGUGUGUGUGUGUGUGUGUGUGUGUGUGUGUUAGGGUUGUGAUAGGAGUGUGUGUAUGUGUGUGUGUUAGGGUUGUGAUAGGAGUGUGUGUAUGUGUGUGUUAGGGUUGUGAUAGGAGUGUGUGUGUGUGUGUGUGUUAGGGUUGUGAUAGGAGUGUGUGUAUGUGUGUGUGUUAGGGUUGUGAUAGGAGUGUGUGUAUGUGUGUGUUAGGGUUGUGAUAGGAGUGUGUGUAUGUGUGUGUGUUAGGGUUGUGAUAGGAGUGUGUGUAUGUGUUAGGGUUGUGAUAGGAUUGUGUGUGUGUGUGUGUGUGUGUGUGUGUGUGUGUGUGUGUGUGUGUGUGUGUGUGUGUGUGUGUGUGUGUGUGUGUGUGUGUGUGUGUGUGUGUGUGUGUGUGUGUGUGUGUGUGUUAGGGUUGUGAUAGGAGUAUGUGUGUCUGUGUGUGUGUGUGUAUGUGUGUUAGGGUUUUGAUAGGAGUGUGUGUGUGAGUUAGGUUUCUGAUAGGAGUAUGUGUGUGUUAGAGUUGUGAUAGUAGUGUGUGUGUGUUAGGGUUGUGAUAGGAGUGUGUGUGUGUGUGUUAGGGUUGUGAUAGGAGUGUGUGUGUGUUAGGGUUGUGAUAGGAGUGUGUGUGUGUGUUAGGGUUGUGAUAGGAGUGUGUGUUAGGGUUGUGAUAGGAGUGUGUGUGUGUGUGUGUGUGUGUGUGUGUGUGUGUGUGUGUGUGUGUGUGUGUGUGUGUGUGUGUGUGUGUGUGUGUGUGUGUGUGUGUGUGUGUGUGUGUGUGUGUGUGUUAGGGUUGUGAUAGGAGUGUGUGUGUGUUAGGAUUGUGAUAGCCCGCGGACUUUGUACUAUUUUUUGUAGGUCUCAUUGUAAUAACCCAGUCAGUACGCAUUUUUAUUCAUUUGUAUGUUGUAUGUUGUAUCUGUAUAUUUAUAUAUUACUGAUGGUUGGAACAGCACAAUGUUGACAGUAUUAUGUAACUCCAGUCGGAUUCCCACUACUGUGGACUGACAGUGGAUGAAGCUCCCUGAGUUGGGCUGACGAGCCCAUAGGAAUAGAAUGGCUGGAACGGACAUAGUAUCCACAUUUCAUACAGUUUGUUGAAUCACACAUUUGCUCUCAUUGUAGCAUAUUAGCCAAGCGGUUAGAGGGUUGGGCCAGUAACUGAAAGGUCGCUGGUUCAACAUCUUCAGUUACCAGCACAACGCUGAUCGCAACAGAUACGUACGUGCCCAUUGGAGAGUGGCCGGAGACUCUGAGCCUGAGCAGUGACCUGAUUCGCUGGCCAAGGGAGGUGGUGUCCCCCUCCCAGUGCAGCGACCUGUGUGCCCGCAACGAGAUGAAGAAGAUAAAGGCUGGUUAGGAACACACACACACAGGGCUUUAAGCAGAUCUAGUGACAUCACUAGUAGAUGCUCUGUUCGAGUCCCCGAGCCGAUAAGGCGAAUAAUCUGUCGAUGUGCCCUUGAACAAGGCUCUUAACCCUAAUGGCUCCUGUAAGUCGCUCUGGAUAAGAGUGUCUACUAAAAUGUAAAUGUUAAAAAUAUAGCAGUAUAGAAUAUUUAUUGAACUUUCCAAAUGAUGCACCCAAUAUUGCAGCCAGUCUAGUCAUUGUAUUGAACUUGAAUGUCCUUUCUACGCAUCCUAAUUCUAUGGAACAGCCACUGUAUAGGAGGGUCCAAUUACCUUGGUAGCCAUAGUAACAGAUGUGUGUACAACAACUCAACAACAUUUUUCCUUAACCAGCAUUUUUGGCAUAAACUUUAGCAACGAUGUGACAACACAGGGUAGUUAAUUACAAGUGACUGUUCAAAGUCUUUAACUGCCAUUAUUGUCAAUAUUAAAGAAACAUUGCAGAUGCUAUGUCACUUAAAGAAACAUUACAGAUGCUAUGUCACUUAAAGAAACAUUACAGAUGCUAUGUCACUUAAAGAAACAUUACAGAUGCUAUGUCACUUAAAGAAACACUGCAGAUGCUAUGUCAUUUAAAGAAACAUUUCAGAUGUUAUGUCACUUAAAGAAACAUUACAGAUGCUAUGUCACUUAAAGAAACAUUACAGAUGCUAUGUCACUUAAAGAAACAUUACAGAUGCUAUGUCACUUAAAGAAACACUGCAGAUGCUAUGUCACUUAAAGAAACAUUUCAGAUGCUAUGUCACUUAAAGAAACAUUACAGAUGCUAUGUCACUUAAAGAAACAUUACAGAUGCUAUGUCACUUAAAUAAACAUUACAGAUGCUAUGUCACUUAAAGAAACACUGCAGAUGCUAUGUCACUUAAAGAAACAUUGCAGAUGCUAUGCUACUUAAAGAAACAUUGCAGAUGCUACGUCACUUAAAGAAACAUUACAGAUGCUAUGUCACUUAAAGAAACACUGCAGAUGCUAUGUCACUUAAAGAAACAUUGCAGAUGCUAUGCUACUUAAAGAAACAUUGCAGAUGCUAUGUCACUUAAAGAAACAUUGCAGAUGCUAUGCUACUUAAAGAAACAUUGCAGAUGCUAUGCCACUUAAAGAAACAUUGCAGAUGCUAUGUCACUUAAAGAAACACUGCAGAUGCUAUGUCACUUAAAGAAACAUUGCAGAUGCUAUGCUACUUAAAGAAACAUUGCAGAUGCUAUGCUACUUAAAGAAACAUUGCAGAUGCUAUGCCACUUAAAGAAACAUUGCAGAUGCUAUGCUACUUAAAGAAACAUUGCAGAUGCUAUGCUACUUAAAGAAACAUUGCAGAUGCUAUGUCACUUAAAGAAACAUUGCAGAUGCUAUGUCACUUAAAGAAACAUUUCAGAUGCUAUGUCACUUAAAGAAACAUUACAGAUGCUAUGUCACUUAAAUAAACAUUACAGAUGCUAUGUCACUUAAAUAAACAUUACAGAUGCUAUGUCACUUAAAGAAACACUGCAGAUGCUAUGUCACUUAAAGAAACAUUGCAGAUGCUAUGCUACUUAAAGAAACAUUGCAGAUGCUACGUCACUUAAAGAAACAUUACAGAUGCUAUGUCACUUAAAGAAACACUGCAGAUGCUAUGUCACUUAAAGAAACAUUGCAGAUGCUAUGCUACUUAAAGAAACAUUGCAGAUGCUAUGCUAUUUAAAGAAACAUUGCAGAUGCUAUGCCACUUAAAGAAACAUUGC